AUGGGUGACAGCGAGUCAAACAUCACACGACACAGCACAACACGACACGGCACAGCACGACACGACACAGCACGACACGACACAGCACGACACGACACAGCACGACACGGCACAGCACGGCACAGCACGACACGGCACAGCACGACACGGCACAGCACGGCACAGCACGACACGGCACAGCACGACACGACACAGCACGACACGGCACAGCACGACACAGCACGACACGGCACAGCACGACACGACACAGCACAACACGACACAGCACAACACGACACAGCACAACACGACACAGCACAACACGACACAGCACAACACGACACAGCACAACACAACACGACACAGCACAACACGGCACAGCACGACACGGCACAGCACGACACGACACAGCACAACACGACACAGCACAACACGACACAGCACGACACGACACAGCACAACACGACACAGCACGACACGACACAGCACGACACGACACAGCACGACACGACACAGCACGACACGACACAGCACAACACGACACAGCACAACACGACACAGCACAACACGACACAGCACAACACGACACAGCACAACACGACACAGCACAACACGACACAGCACAACACGACACAGCACAACACGACACAGCACAACACGACACAGCACAACACAACACGACACAGCACAACACGGCACAGCACGACACGGCACAGCACGACACGGCACAGCACGACACGACACAGCACGACACGACACAGCACGACACGACACAGCACGACACGACACAGCACAACACGACACAGCACAACACGACACAGCACAACACGACACAGCACAACACGACACAGCACAACACGACACAGCACAACACGACACGGCACAGCACAACACGACACAGCACAACACGGCACAGCACAACACGACACAGCACAACACGGCACAGCACAACACGGCACAGCACAACACGGCACAGCACAACACGACACAGCACAACGCGGCACAACACAACACGGCGCAGCACAACACGGCACAGCACAACACGGCACAGCACAACACGACACAGCACAACACGGCGCAGCACAACACGACACAGCACAACACGGCACAGCACAACACGACACAGCACAACACGGCACAGCACAACACGACACAGCACAACACGACACAGCACAACGCGAAUGCAAGAUCACCGUCGACGAUAAACUUAGUGCAAGAGGUGUCAUCUUGGCACUGCUUUAA